GACUACUCAGCCAUCUUUACUCGAAAAAACUACCCUCAGAUAUUGUCUAGAGUAAUAAGUUACAAAGUAUGGAUUCAUUUGAAAAACGGAGAUACUUCCUACAUCUAAGACCGAAGGACAACAGUUCUCCUUUACAUUUAGCAGCUUAUCAUGGAUCUGUAAACGAUUUUCUUCAUUUGGUGAGCCUUGGUGAAGAUAUUACAGCAACAGAUGAUGAUGGUAACCAUUCUCUACAUUACGCUGCAUUUGCUGGUUGUCUUCAAAUCGUGAAAUAUUUGAAAGAGAAUGGUUGCAAUUUGAAGGUUAGAAACUCGAUGGGUGCAUUGCCUCUUCAUUUCGCUCUCACAAAAAACUCCACAAGCGUUAUAGACUAUUUUGUACAAUAUGGAGUUGAUAUCAAUGAGAGAGAUGAACAAGGGGGAACAUUAUUAUUUUAUUCAACACCCCUUACUAAAUCAGAAACCGUGAAAUAUAUACUCGGUUACGGCAUUGGGGUCGAUUUGAAGGAUAAAGCUGGAAAUACCGCUCUUCACUGGGCAGCAUAUUCGAGUUCUAUGGAUUGUGUGGAAUACUUCAUAAAUGAAUGUGGCAUCAGUAUCAGCGUUGAGAAUGAUAACGGAGAACAACCAAUCCACGCUGCCGCCAUAAACGGCUCAAUGAUACUAUUCAAAUACUUUGUUAGCUAUGGUGUGGAUCCCACUGUGGCAGCGAGGAAGGGAAAUACUAACCUCCAUUUCGCUGCCAUGGGCGAUUCAAUAGAAAUUGUAAGAUAUUUGUGUGAUAUAGUAGGAAUGGAUAGAGAUGUCGGCAAUGAUAAAAAUACUAGACCCAUCCACUAUGCAGCAAUUCACGACUCGAUGAAAGUAAUUCAAUAUUAUGUCGACAGAGGUUCAGAUGUGAGCAUUGGGGGAAAUUGUAAUCAUACAGUUGUUCACUGGGCAGCUGAAACAAACUCAAUGAAUGCCCUCACAUUCUUCGUCGACCAGCUGAAAAUGCCGCUGGACGUGACAGACGACAUUGGUAGAAAACCAAUACAUGUUGCUGCUGCAGGAAACUCUAUUGAAGCUGUUAAAUUCAUACUGAAACGGGACCCAUGUUUAGACUACAAGACAGACGGAGGGAAUACGAUUCUUCAUUACGCCGCCGGAGGAAACGCAAUAAAAUCCUUAAAAUAUUUCAUUGAGGAGCUAGGAUUAGACUGGACAGUUAACAAUGACUUUGGUAGCAAACCCAUCCAUGUUGCUGCUCAAAAUGAUGCGUUGGAUGCUUUGAAGUAUCUUACUGAGCAGGGAGCAGAUAUCAAUGAGGUGACUUACAAUGGGGAUACGAUGGUACAUGAAGCCGCAUUGGCGAGUGGGGUUGAUACCUUGAAGUACCUCAUUGAAGAACUUGCCUUGGAUAUAGAAGCUCCCAAUAAAUAUGGUAAGAGACCUAUACAUCAUGCUGCUGAGAAUGAAUCAGUUGAACCUCUCAAGUAUCUUAUUGGUGCUGGAGUUGAUUUGAAUAUUGUCGACCACGAUGGUGAUACUGUUGUACAUGGAGCCGCUUCAAAAGAUGGUCUUGACACUUUGAAAUAUCUCAUCGAAGAUAAGGGAUUGGAUCCAAAUAUAUCAAAUAAUAUAGGUAGUAAGCCUAUCCACUCUGCUGCUGAAAAUAAUGCACCUGAGGCACUGAAAUAUCUCCUUGGACGAGGAGUUAGUAUAAUGGAGGUCGAUAAUGACGAAGAUACCAUAUUGGACAUUGCAAUUCAGAACAAAUCAAAUGAUGUCCUAAAAUAUAUUUCAGAUUUGGACGUUCCUAUAAACUGGAGGUGCAAAGCUAUUAUUUAUGCUGUCAAACAGGAUAUGCUUGAAUUAGUUGAGCAUUUAUGCCAACACGAAACUGUUCUUGAUUCUGUAGACCAUAAUGGAGACUCCGCUCUUCAUUUUGCUGCACGAGCAGACGCUGUCACUGUUUUCAAGUACCUGGUAGAAGUGAAGAAAAUGGACGUGAACGUUGCCAAUAAAAAAAGUAACAAACCAGUUCACUAUGCUGCCAUAUUCAACUCUCUCAAAGUUAUCCAAUAUUUAGCCAAGAACGGUUUUGACCUUCACGCUGUGGGAGAAGCAGGGUUCACUGUUCUCCAUUGGGCUGCCAGAAAUAACUCUUUGGAAGCUGUCAAAUAUUUCGUCGAGGAUUGUGGAAUGAAACUUGACGUGGGGGAUGAGCUGGGACGAUUGCCCGCCCUUUGUGCCACCCUGAAAGACUUUAGGCGAAUUGUUGAGUACAUUUUGUCACGUAGUUCGAACAUUAUUGCUGAUGGUUUUGGAAACACUCUGGUUCACUGGGCUUCAUCGUGCAAUUCAAUGGAUGUUUUGAAAUAUCUAGUUGAGAUUUAUGAAUGUGACGUCAAUAGUAAAAACACCAAUGGAGCGACACCUCUACACUAUGGGGGGUAUUCUGAUUCUGUAGAAGCUUUGAGAUACCUGCUCAAUCACGGUGCUGAUAUUAACGCAUUGGAUAACAAAGGAGGUACAGUUCUACACUGUGCCGCAUCUAAGGUGGGAGCAUUGAAACUUUUGAUCGAGGAGUUUAAAAUGGACGUUUAUGUAGGGAACGACAUGGGCGACACACCUAUGCAUCUUGCUGCUGAAAAGAAUUCGGUCGAAGCCUUGGAGUACUUCAAAACAACUGCAGUAAAUUUGAAAGUAGUGAAUAACUUGGGUGACACGCUUCUACAUCAAGCUGCUGCCAAAGACUCGAUUGAUGUAUUGAAGUAUUUGAUAGAAAACUGUCGGUUAGAUCCAAAGGUUGUAAAUAAGACAGGUAGACAACCGAUCCACCAUGCUGUUGAAGCGAAUUCGAUGGAGACAAUAAAAUAUCUGAUUGGCAGAGGUAUCGUCAUGGAUCCAAUGAGUGAUGGCAAUACAAUACUACAUUGGACAGUAAUAAAUAACUCAGUCAAGGCCUUGAAAUAUUUCAAUGAACACUUAAGAAUGGAUUUGAAUGUUUCCAAUAAUUUUGGGCGGAGACCAAUCCACUACGCAGCUUGCAACAACUCAAUGGAAAUGAUACAUUACAUGGUCGCUUCUGGCGUUAAUGUCAGAGUUACGGAUGACACAGGAGACAACGUUUUACAUUUCGCCGCUAAAAAGAACUCUAUCGAUGCUGUGAAAUAUUUUGUCGAUAAACACAAACUCGAGAUGAGUGAUACGAAUAAAUUCGGAUUAUCACCAAUGCACUACGCAGUAACAACAAAGGCAUAUAAAGUAAUGUUAUACUUAUUAGAACUCAAUUUCGAUACAGCUGUUCUGCAGGAAGAAAGCAGUAACAUUUUCCAGCAACUUCUUGAAAAAGAUCUUGUCACAUCUAUAAAAUUCUUCAUUGAUGACGGUGUAUUCGAUAAAUACAAAGUAAAUCAGUUUGGUGCUUCUUUGUUGCACGUUGCUGCUGAAAAUGACUCAAUUAAUGUUGUGCAGUAUCUUACAGCAGAAGGAUUCGACGUUAACAUUCGAGAUGACAAUGGAAAUACCCCUCUACACUAUGCUUCUUCUUCGGACUCACUCGGUACUUUAAAAUACUUGAUCCAUUCUGGUGCAGAUACUAAUUUGGUCAACAAUGAUGGUGAAACAGUUUUACAUACUGCCGCUAAAUUUGAUGCGAUCAAAACUCUUAUUCAUCUCAUUGAAAACAGUAUCAUUGACGCCAGUGUUGUUGAUAAAAAUGGCCGCAAACCUAUACACUUGGCAGCAGAGAGAGAUGCCAUCAAAGUGGUCAACUAUCUGACUUAUUCAGGGUUUGAUAUUGCUAGCAGAGAUCCCAGAGGUAUGAGUGCUAUCCAUAUUGCCGCUACGCAAGAUUCUAUUCAGGUCGUUGACUUUCUUGUGAAUCAUGGGGUUGAUAUUGAGGCGACGGACUACAAUGGAAUGACAUCAAGUGACUAUGCCAUCAGAAGUCAUUCGACCAGGGUUAUUGAUUAUUUUAUCCGGUUGCAAAGACAACGUAGAAAAUUCUUUUGUGUCGUAUCUUAAUCUUGUUUCAAAAAUUGAAUCAGGCAUUGUUGAUAGCAAAAUAAUGUUUCAAACUGUAUGCUGAUAGGUGAGAGAUGUUGGUAAUUGUACAAAUACAAUGUAUAUCAUA